AUGACAUGCUCUGGAAAUUCUUCCGAGAUCUGUGGCGGUACUUGGUUGGUUGAUAUCUAUCAGAUCUCCAACCCGAGCUCCACUCCAGUUCCUCUGUCUGGAGCUGUGAAGCCAAAUUGCACGGUAGACCCUCUGUGCAGCAAUCCAGUGUGCAACGCAGCUCUUGAUCCCCUUACCCGUGCGAAAGGUCUCGUUGAAGCCAUGACCUUUGAUGAGAAGGUUCAAAAUACCCAGAAUGGCUCCCCGGGUUCUGCCCGUCUCGGACUACCAGCAUAUCAAUGGUGGAGUGAGGCCCUGCACGGUGUCGCAAGUUCUCCUGGCGUGACGUUUCAAUCUGGAAAUUUCAGCUAUGCCACAUCAUUCCCUCAACCCAUACUCAUGUCUGCCGCCUUUGACGACGCUCUCAUCCAACAGGUGGGCACUGUCGUCAGUAUUGAGGGCCGCGCCUUCAGUAACUAUGGCAAUGCAGGCCUAGACUUCUGGACGCCCAACAUCAAUCCGUUCAGAGAUCCUCGCUGGGGCAGAGGCCAAGAGACCCCGGGAGAAGAUCCAUUCCACAUCGCCCGUUAUGUCUAUAAUCUGGUAGACGGCCUGCAAAAUGGAAUCGGGACCACCGAUCCUCGAGUAGUGGCAACCUGCAAGCACUUCGCUGGUUAUGAUAUUGAGGACUGGGAAGGAAAUGCCCGCUACGGCUUCAAUGCAAUUAUUUCCACCCAAGAUCUGUCCGAAUACUAUCUGCCACCUUUCAAAAGCUGCGCUCGCGACGCAAAAGUAGAUGCAAUCAUGUGCAGCUAUAACGCCGUCAAUGGAAUCCCAACCUGCGCUGACAGCUACCUCUUGGAUACUAUCCUACGUGACCAUUGGAACUGGAACCAGACUGGGCACUGGGUGACCUCUGAUUGUGAUGCAAUUGGCAAUAUCUUCACCGACCAUCACUACACCAAUACUGCAGCUGCAGCUGCAGCAGAUGCUCUCAAUGCCGGCACAAAUUUGGACUGUGGAACCACGAUGUCCAAUAAUCUUGCCGCAGCCUCUGCUCAAGAUCUUUUCCAGAAUGCCACCUUGGAUACUGCUCUGACUUACUUGUAUUCCUCUCUAGUCCGACUUGGCUGGUUCGAUGAGGAAACUUCGCCAUAUCGUUCCCUUGACUGGUCCGAUGUGGGCACUCCUGCGUCACAGCAGCUGGCCAUCCGAGCAGCUGUCGAGGGUAUUGUCCUCCUAAAAAAUGACCGGACUAAAGUAUUGCCAUUAUCUAGCCAUGGUCAGACUAUCGCAUUGAUUGGUCCUUAUGCCAAUGCUACAACCCAGCUGCAAGGCAAUUACGCGGGCGUCGCAGAAUAUAUUAGGACGCUGGUAUGGGGUGCUGAACAGGCCGGAUACAAAGUAGAAUAUGCGCUGGGAACUGAUAUCAACUCCACCGACACCUCUGGUUUCGCCGCUGCUGUCGCUGCAGCCAACGCAUCAGAUAUCGUCAUCUAUGCAGGUGGUAUUGACAAUUCCAUUGAGGCUGAGGCCAUGGACCGAGACACAAUUUCCUGGCCUGGUAAUCAGCUCCAAUUGGUUGAAGAGCUGUCCCAAGUCGGAAAGCCACUUAUUGUUCUCCAGUUAGGCGGUGGUCAAUUGGACGACUCGGCACUUCUUGCAAAUGACAAGGUGAAUGCUCUUGUAUGGGCCGGUUACCCCAGUCAGGCUGGUGGUCAAGCUGUUUUCGAUAUUCUUACCGGUAAAUCUGCUCCCGCAGGCAGAUUGCCAAUAACACAGUACCCAGCCAACUAUACCAAUGAGAUUCCAAUGACGGACAUGGCCUUACGUCCUAACGGAGCUACUCCUGGGCGAACCUACCGCUGGUAUGACGACGCUGUGAUUCCUUUCGGAUAUGGCUUGCACUAUACCAAUUUCGAUGUCUCAUGGGCGAGCAAGAAAUUGGGUCCGUAUAACACAGCAUCUCUAGGGCACGUAUCAAAAUCACAAUAUCCUGACACAGCUGCUUUUGAUACCUUUCAUAUCGACGUGAAGAACACCGGAAAAGUAACCUCUGACUAUGUUGCAUUGCUCUUUGCCUCCACCAAAAAUGCUGGCCCUGCUCCAUAUCCUAUCAAAACCUUGGUCGGCUAUACGCGAGUACCCUCCAUCAAGCCCGGAGAAACUCGUUCUGUGAGCCUUGACGUCACUCUGGGUGCCAUUGCGCGAACCGCUGAGAAUGGCGAUCUGGUUGUGUACCCCGGCACGUACACUUUGGAGGUGGAUGUCGGCCAGCAUUAUCCGACUGCCCAAUUCCAGAUCAAUGGACCGGACAAAGUCCUGGAUUCGUUUCCCCAGCCUCCUUCAUCUUGA